AUGUCGGAGAGUAUGGUGAAGCGGGCGCUGGUGUCUGUGGCGGACAAAACCGGCGUGGUUGAGCUCUGUCAAGCUCUGGUAGCUGUCGGGGUGACCAUUGUGAGCACGGGCGGGACGGCACGGACGCUCGAGGCUGCGGGCCUUGCGGUGACUGCGGUGCAGGAGGUGACGGGCUUUCCGGAGGUGUUUGGUGGGCGAGUCAAGACGCUGCACCCGCUGAUCCAUGGUGGCCUACUCAUGCGGCGGUCUGUCGACGCUGACGUUGUCGAGGCUGCCGCCCACGGCAUCGGCGCCAUCGACCUCGUCGUCUGCAACCUGUAUCCGUUUGAGACGGUGGUUGCAGGCCGUGCUGGGCUCUCCGACUCGGCAGUUACUGACGAGAUUGACAUCGGUGGCGUGACCAUGAUCCGCGCAGCGGCCAAGGCGUUCUGCGAGGGCGUCACCGUGGUCGUCGAUCCGGCGCAGUACAAAGCCCGUGUCGUACGCCACCCGCCGGGCGCUUGCCCGCACUGCCUUUAA